AUGGCCAUGCCAAAUAAAUACGAAGAAGAAGAAGAAGCGGAGGAAAUUCAAAACUUCGCAAAGAGACUGAAAUGUAGCAGAUACGAGGAACCUCAAGAAGAAGAAGAAGAAGAAGAAGAAGAAGAAGAGGAGGAGGAGGAGGAGAGCGAGCUGGCGUUGAAGCUAGGGAUGGUAGUUUACCCAAUGAAACCCGCAUCGUUUGUGGUCUCAGAUGCUCUGGAGCCCGAUAGUCCUAUCAUUUAUGUCAACAAAGUCUUCGAGACCUUCACCGGCUAUUGCGCCCACGAGGUCCUCGGUCGGAACUGUCGAUUCCUACAGUAUAGGGACCCUCAUGCUCAAAGACGGCAUCCUCUGGUAGAUCCUGUUGUUGUUUCCGAGAUUAGAAGGUGUCUCGAGGAAGGGGUUGAGUUCCAAGGCGAGCUUCUUAAUUUCAGGAAGGAUGGAACUCCCUUGGUGAAUAGGCUAAGACUGAAACCUAUACAUGAUGAUAAUGGAACUGUUACACACAUCAUAGGCAUUCAAGUAUUUUCCGAAGCAAAAAUAGAUCUGAGCAGUGUAUCAUAUCCAGUUUAUAAAGAGACAUGCAAUCAGCGGUAUGAUCAAUCUGGUAAAUAUUCUCUCAUGAGUGGACAAACACCUUUCACCCAGUAUCAAGAAAUAUGUGGGAUUCUUCAGCUCUCCGAUGAAGUCUUGGCUCACAACAUCUUAUCACGCUUGACUCCCAGGGAUGUGGCAUCCAUUGGUUCUGUCUGCAGAAGAAUCCGUCAACUAACAAAAAAUGAGCAUGUAAGAAAGAUGGUAUGUCAAAAUGCAUGGGGAAGAGAAGUUACCGGUACAUUGGAAUUGAUGACUAAUAAGUUAGGGUGGGGGCGUCUGGCCAGGGAACUGACAACUCUUGAGGCUGUUUGUUGGAGGAAAUUUACAAUUGGAGGUGCCGUGGAGCCUUCACGAUGCAAUUUCAGUGCUUGUGCUGUAGGAAAUCGACUUGUACUGUUUGGAGGGGAAGGAGUUGAUAUGCAGCCAAUGGAUGACACAUUUGUUCUCAAUCUUGAUGCUGCCGAUCCAGAGUGGCGUCGAGUAAGUGUGAAAUCAUCACCACCAGGGCGUUGGGGCCACACUCUUUCGUGCUUGAAUGGUUCUUGGUUGGUAGUUUUUGGAGGCUGUGGGCGGGAAGGAUUGCUCAAUGAUGUUUUCAUUCUUGACUUGGAUGCCAAACAGCCAACAUGGAAAGAAAUUUUUGGUGGAACUCCCCCUCUUCCUAGAUCCUGGCAUAGCUCUUGCACAGUAGAAGGGUCUAAAUUAGUUGUGUCAGGUGGAUGCACAGAUGCUGGGGUACUUCUUAGUGACACAUACUUAUUGGAUCUCACAACAGACCACCCAACAUGGAAAGAGAUUCCAACUUCAUGGGCUCCUCCCUCUAGGUUGGGGCAUUCACUUUCAGUUUAUGGUCGAUCAAAGAUUCUCAUGUUUGGUGGACUUGCCAACAGUGGGCACUUGAGGUUACGAUCAGGUGAGACUUACACUAUUGAUUUGGAAGAUGAAAACCCUCAGUGGAGGCAACUUGAGUGUAAUGCGUUCACCAGCAUAGGCAGCCAGAGUGCUGUGGUUCCCCCUCCUAGACUUGAUCACGUUGCUGUCAGCAUGCCUUGUGGAAGGAUCAUUAUCUUCGGUGGUUCAAUCGCUGGGCUGCAUUCUCCUUCUCAGCUUUUCCUCUUGGAUCCUUCAGAAGAGAAACCAUCAUGGAGAAUUCUCAACGUUCCGGGGCAACCACCUAAAUUUGCUUGGGGUCAUAGCACUUGCGUGGUUGGCGGUACUAGGGUCCUGGUAUUGGGUGGGCACACAGGUGAGGAGUGGAUACUUAAUGACUUACAUGAGUUGUGCUUAGCAAGCCGGCAGGACUGA